UCAAUUAAAUCCAGCUGAUUAGUCGUCAUUCAAUAAACAUUGUAUCCAGAUUUUCUAUAAACGACUUGCAAAUACCGACAAUAAAGCAUUAUUAUUGUGUAUAUCAAGAAAUAAAAAUAUAUAUAAAAAAUUUCUUUAAAAAUGAGUGCCGACAAUAGCACAGAUAAUCGCAAAUUAGAAGAUAUUUUUCUAGAAGGUUGGGAAAUAUUUGAUUUUCUCGAUGAAACUACUAUUGAUACCAAUGGCAGUGAAUUUCAGUCCAAAGUGAAAUUGGGCAUGCAACAAUUCGAAUUGGCCACUACGAUGGUCAGUCAAAUUGGCAUGUUCAGCUCCAAUGAAAUGAUUGAUGAAGUCCCCACAGAAUCAUUGCAGUAUUUACUACUUCCUUAUUUUUUGGGCAAAUUAGCUUUACAGCGUAAUGAACAGGAUCGUGGAGAUGUUUUGCGUAUUGCUGACAUUUAUUUGAGAGACUUCCUGCAACGUUGUCAUGAAUAUCAGCUUUGUGAGGCUCCCAAACCUAAUGAUGAUGAUAAGUCUGACAGACAAGUUAGCGGUUGCAUAGACACCCAGGAGCAGUUAGUGGCCUCUGCGGUGGCGCGUAAUAAUAAAAUCGCCCAAUUUAAACGUAAAAAAGAACUAGAAGCUCAAAUAAAACAAAUGAAAUUAGCCGUUAAAAGCAACAGCGUCGAUGAUGAAGUCAAAAGAGAUUUCUUUAUGAAAUACAUUAAUAGAAGUAUUAUAGAUGCCAAUGAAGAAAUGCAGAACGUUAAGUUGGAAAGAGGAGUGGUGGAAAUGAGAAAACAACGUUUGGCCGAAUUUGGAACUACAAAAAUGGAUGAUAUUGUUUUACCACCCGGUUCGGUUUCAGGACCUAAUCCCUUUAAGGAUCAAGCGCCUAGUCAUGCUCAAAUGCAUGAUCAUGACCACGCUCAUAGACAUGGACAUUCUCAUUCAUAUGGCCCACAACGUCACAUGCAUAUGCCGCCAAAACCCAAACCCAUGCAACCCUUUAUUAUUACCAAAGAUGCUACACAAAAAGCGGUCUUUGGUCUCGGCUAUCCUAGUUUACCCGUUAUGACUGUCGAUGAGUUUUAUCAACAGCGUGUUGAUCAGGGAAUUUUCCCGGAUGCCGAAAAAAUGGCCCAAAUUAAUAAAGAAAAAGCUUUAGCUGCUGCUCAAGAUCCAGAAAUUCAAGAGGAAGAAGAAAAAGCUGCUCUCGAGGAACAAAUUGAAAAUGAUGAUCCUGAAUAUAUUGCACGUAUGCGACGUAUGGACGAGUAUAAGGAUGUGGUUAGACGUGGUGAUGGCAAUCGUUAUAAUCGCAGUUAAAAGCUGUCUAUAUACGUGAUAUUUUUUAUUUGUCUUUAAAAAAAAGUGUUUCAAACACUUAAUUUUUCAAUAAAUACAUGAUAAUAUUACGCUAAUUUAUAAAUUACACAAUACAUUUGUCAUAACAUAUAAACAUUACAUUAACAAGAGGAA